AUGUUCGCCCCCAAUCCACACCGCACUCCCACGCCCUCCUCUCUCUUGACCUCCAGCCCUCCCCUAUCCUAUACCUGGUCAGACACCGACACAGAGCUGCCGCCUGGCACUGAAGGCAUGCACAGAGGCGGGCCGAGUACCCGUACGAGCGUAUGGAGUGACGAAGGGACGGCUGUCCCGCGCCCGGCCUCUGGAGGCGUCAAAGUGGGAAAAUUGAUCGACUAUGAGGAUGAGCCGAAGAAGGAGACGCCCGGGGAUAAGCUGAAGGAGCUGUUGAGGCAGAUGGAUCAGGAAGUGAAGAGGGCGCAGCCGAGGUCGACGACGCCCCCGCCAGCGAGAGAAACGUACACUCGCCCGUCGGGGGUGCCGAGCGCUCAGCAGAGAUUAGGAGCUCUCGCUCGUUCGCCUCCUAUUGAGCCACCUCGGGAAGAAUAUUCGGAAGAAGAGUAUGAGGAUGAAGUCGAAGCUGGGCCAUCGAGCCGGGAAGUUUCGCCGGUGAGGUCUCAACGGUCCCAUGAGGCUUCCGAACAAGAGUCCAGCCCACCUUCGCCUCCUCCACGUUUCGGCAAUCCUUACAACAGCCGGAGAGUAUUUGGGGAAAGGGAGCGAAGUAUCAAGUCAGGAAGGGUACCAUCGCGGGCCGCGGUUUUACAGGGUGCAUCACGCUCUUUUUCGCCAGAACCUGAACCGUCUUAUGACCCCGAGCCGGAAAGCUCAAACUCUCGUGAAAGAUCUGAGCGGUCAGAACGGUCAUCUCAGCUGCGAGCAUACAUCGCUUCACAUACUCAGCGACCAUCAUUAUCCGCCUCGCAAACUCUUUCAGAUCCUUCCUCAUCGCGUACGAUCCACAAUCAGCAAUCGCUACAUCGCUCGAGAAAUUCUCUGGAACGGUCGUUCAACCAUUCUACAGGCUCGAGAGGGUCCAUGGGAAAAGAACGAGGGUCCUUCGAAGCUCCAUCCCCACCCAGAAGAACUUACUCCCAACCAUCCCGCCGCGAACCCCCCACCCCACAAUCUCGUUCGAUCCACCCCAUACCAACCACACAUGACGAGUUCGCUUCAGGCUUGGAAGUAAGCGCGUCAGAGAUGGAGCUGGACAUUGACGAAGGCGUGUCGAGAGUUGGGUGGGAGGAUAGUCAGAGUUCGGUGGCUUUUACGCAGGAGGAUGAGGAAACUGAGAUGAGAGAGGGGCGGGCUGGGACUGUGCGGCCUGAGCUUUAUGAGAGGGAACGGUCAAGGUCGAGGUCACGGUCACGGUCGAGAUCGAGGUCUUUUGCGGAAGGAAAUUCGCAUCGUUCACGGUCCACUCCACAAUCCAGUCGCAACCAGUCCCUCAAAGACUCCUACUCCCGAUUACAUAUCUCUAGGCUGCCCCGCUCGCCGUCGCCACCACCGCUACCGGCUCUUCCCGACAUGUCACAAUCAUCAUCUUCAUCCGAGACUGAAGCUUACAGCUCGAGAAGAGCUACGCUAUUCCGGAGCGGUAGCAAAAGCACGAGCCAGAGUAGAAGCUUGGGUGAAGAGUCGAAGGUACUCAGAGGGAGUUUGCAUAGUAGCGGGAGGGUGUCGCCUAGGGUUGGAGGAGGAGCGAGUAUGAGGCAGUCGGUUUCGAGGCAAGAGGUGGAGGUGGAAGAAGAACCGCAGGAGAUACCAUCAGAACCUCUCGAAUUGGCUGUGGAAGAAGAGCUGUCUCCUCCUAGACGGUCCAGUCUUCGGACUUCGUAUACGUCUCCGCCUAAUCCCACGCCUCCACGACGCGAUACGCCUCUCAGUACAACGCCUUCUCCGAAAGUUAAUCGCUCGCCGAGAUUCUCUACACCACAAGCCGAACCCCCAUCCCACACUCCCUCCCCCGCUGGGAGACUACACACCCCGGCAAGGCAGGCAGAUACUACCCUGCCUACGCCGAAAGCUCCUGGCGCUUGGAACCCAUCUGCAAGAGUCCAAACGCCCAUCCGGGCCGAAGGCAACACCAGCCUCGGCAACACCACCAUUGGCGUCACGCCGAAACCCCCAGGGGCUUGGAACGGUACGCCCGUUCACCGGGUUAGAUUUUCGCCCUUGAGGUAUACUCUUGGCGCUGGGUCCGAUGGUAAGGAGAAUGGUGGGGAAGUGAGGAAGAGGUCGCCUUUGACGAAUGAGGUUUCUAUCAGCAUGGAAGAUGAACUGGAGGAGGAUCGGAGGGAGGAGGAAGAAGGAAGGGAAGAGGCGGAAGUGUCAAUUGUGAGGUUGAAGAUGUCGCCUCGACGGUCGCCCGGAAGGAGGGUUGUGGAGGAAGAGGCGGGGGAUGUGAGUUGGCUUGAGGGUUUCACCAGGAGUAUGCGAAGCCGACUCAUGACGCCCGUCAAAGUCCCGCCAAGGUCUACAACAUACACCACCCACCUUCCAUCUCUCCGCUCUGCCUCCGAAGAAACGUCUUCCAAAGAGGUCGCCCUCCGAGAAGCCCGUUCUUCCUGGUUAUCCUCCCUCAACUCUCUCCCUGCACUACCUGCCGCACCAUCGCUAGCAUCCUCAACCCAACACCUUAAGCGGAGUAUUCGCAAAGGCGCGCGCUGGUCUACUUGGUUAUGGAUGGUCUUGGUGGAGAUGGUGCUGCUAUGGGCGGUAUUUAGGGUGACUCUGGACUAUGCUGGUUCUGGGAUGAACUUGAGUUGGGUGGAUCCUUUUUCGCCUCUUGCUCGGCCUUUGGGAUUAGACCCUGUCGUCCCGACCGUCCGCUCCCCAUCUCUCGGAUCUGCAGAAGGGGGCACCGACAAUCAAGCCACAUGGCUCUCAGCCCCCAAGUAUCUCAACCUCCAUAUUCCCAUUCCCUCAUCCCUAAGGACACUCGUGGGCAACUCAGAGUACCAGCACCCCUAUAGCGCUUAUCUCGGCGUAUUGGGCGGCUCGGCAAACUUUUUCGACCUGAUAGAGCAGUGGGAGACGUGGAAGGCGCUUGUGGGUGAUGGGACAGAAGGGUUUGUGGAUGGGUGGAGAGGUGGGGUGCCAACGUAG